AUGACACGGUACUUUAAGGUUAAGUAUAUGCUACGAGAACCAAAGGUUAAGGGCUACAGGUGGUUCCGCACGAACUCUAUCUUGAGUCUAUACUUCGAGUUCUGCGACAUGCAAUUUGCAGUAAUGAGUGACACAGGAGCCGUGUUCACCAUCGGCCGCAGCCAAUUCGCCGACAAUGUGGCAUCGCACUUCUUUAUUCGAAGAGAUCCAGUGAUCAAAAUCGCCUGCGGGGACGAACAUUCGGCCGUGGUGUGCGAAAGUGGAAGACUCUUCGUUUUCGGCAGCAACGAUUGGGGUCAGCUGGGUCUCGGCCAUAAGAACCACGUCAGCAAACCUUCCUGCGUGAAGAUAUUAAAGCCGGAGAAGGUGACACACGUCGCAUGCGGGAGAGCCCACACUCUGAUAUGUACAGGCGGACAGAAGAUCUUUUCCUGCGGAAGUGAUCAAGAGGGUCAACUAGGAAGAGGAGACCAGACGAUUGGAGAUUCCUCCAGCUCUCCAGUGCCAAUCUAUGAUUGCGGAUUAGCAGGGCAAAGAGUGGUACAAAUGGCCGCAGGAUCCCACCAUUCGUUGGCUCUUACAAACGAUGGAGGUAUUUUAGCAUGGGGCAGCAACAAAGAUGGCCAAUUGGGACUUUCUGAGGUUUCCGGCUCCGUGAACACUCCGACGAAGAUCCACAUCCCGGAACCGGUGAAAAAGAUCAGUGCUGGGUAUCAUCACUCGGCUUUCUUGACCGAAAGUGGAUUGGUUUACGUCUGCGGCGAAUCAGAGAGCGGCAAACUUGGAAUAGUCACUAAUUUUUCUACCUUAUCGAUGCCCAAGCAGAUACAGUUGCCUGGUCCAGCUUUCAGUGUAGAAUGUGGAGGACAUCACACUUUUGUCUUAGCUGAAAACGGUAACUUAGUUUGCUUUGGAAGCAAUGCAAGUGGCCAAUUAGGAAUGGGUACUAAUGUAACUGAGAUCCCAACUCCGAAAAUACUCCCCCGUGGUGCACUUCAAGAUGAAAGGGUUACGAAAGUGGCAAGUGGAGAAAGCCAUAGUGCUGUUAUCACAGAAUCAGGGAAGCUGUUCACUUGUGGUGACGGUCGAUAUGGGAAACUGGGUCUGGAAGAAAAUGAAAAUAAUGUUCAUGAACUGACACUGGCUAACCGAUAUCAAGAAUUAAUUAUAACGGAUGUUUCUUGCGGAGGAUGUCACACUAUUCUAGUUGGACGAAAACGUGAGACAGAGACACAAGAUGAAAAUGCUCAAAAGGAAUCUUUCAUUCAGAAAAAAAGCUUACCACCUUUAAAAGUCCCUGUUGGUAGGUUUAAGAACGACGUGACGACAGAAAAUACAGAACAAGGCGACGGAGAAAAUAACAUAGAGUCUGAAAUUAAAGAGUCUUUAGAUGUUUUAGAAAAUACCGUCCAAAAUGCUCACGAAUCCGUAAAUUGUAUCGAAAAACCUGAAAGCCCUAAGAAACUUUCAGAUUACAUUAUUGAAAUGACAACAGAGAGUAAAGAAGAGGAGCAAAACUUGGAAGUUACAAAACAAAUACUCAGUAAUAACAACGGAGAUAUUAUUGAUACGAUCGAAGAAACGCUGAACAUCGAAAACAACACAGAUGGAGUGAAAAGAAUUACAUCCGCAAUAAGUGAGAGUUUUUCAGGCUCCGACAUAAGUAGAGAUCUCAUAGAAGCAGAGAAAGACUCAGCAAUGAAGGACACAGAAGCAAUGAAUGUAAAGGACGAUCUUCCAUCAUCGCCAACUAUACCUCCACCGAAACCUCCACGACUGAAGAGUGGAAGCAUUGAUAACUGUUCUUUAGACAAAGCAGCUUCCUCGUUGAUAGAAUUAGCAUCGCCAAAAACGCCCAAAAUUCUGUCGGUGGAUCAGAAGGAUUUACUGGAAUCAAAGGACGCAGAAAAUAAUAUUGAAAAUACAGAGGUCAAAAACAUUGCGAAAGAAGAGGAACAACAAACUACACAAAAAGAGUCUCCAAACAGUCAGAAGUCCCAGUCUGCAAUAUCGAAAGGAAUUACUAAAGAAAUUGAGGAAGUAGACGGACAUAUUGAAGGUGCGAAGGAGGAAGACAAGACAGAAAAUACUACAGACAAAAUUGAAAAAAUCAUAUCCUCUGCAGGUGAUACAGAUGUUGUUACAUCUGUGCCAACAAAGACUGGAAAAAUAGCAAAGCUGUUCAAGAGCCGAAGGCAACUAGACCUAGAAAAUGGAAUCAAAGAGAGCGGUGGAGUAAAUCCCAAAGUAAAGUCGAAAACUUGUACUGUUCUUUAACCGAGAAGACUUCAACGUAUUACAGUAUCUCAUUAUAUUUUUUUAUAAAACGUACCACUACAUUGAUGGUUGGGACCAAAAAGAGUGGAAUCGAAAUUCGUAAGAAAAUACCUGAUACAAGUAGUCAGCCUUUGUUGCUUUUACUAUCGCAAUAAACACACAUUACAUUCAGUUGUAUAAGGCUAUCUCCGUGUGAUCUAACUUCGCAAUUAAGAUUAUAAAUAUGAGCAAUAAAAGCAAUUCUUUAAUUAAUUCAAAAAA